GACAAAACACACCUCCCUACCCUUUCCCAUGCACCAUGCACCAUUCACCAUUCACUUGUGCUCCUGCCUGUAGUAGUCCAUCCCGCUGCCGUACUCCCACGCCUCCAGCAGCCGACGCAGAUAAUACGCCUGCCGCUGCGGCAGGGCAGACGGCACAUCCAGCCGCCUCAGGAUCUCGCCCACGGUGAGGUGCAUGAGUGUGUAGAGGCCCGUCAUGAGGAAGUGGUACACCCACACGACCAGCACGUCGAUGCCCACCAGUUGGAUCGUCUGUAUGAUCGAAAGAAAGAGAAAGGGAAAGAUGCGCGGGGAGGGGAGGGGAGGGGACGGGGCUGGGUGUGACGUGCGUACGUUGGGAAUGAUGGCGGGGUUCUUCCACCCGGUGGCAAGCAGCGCCCUCAGCAAAGGGACGAACUGAUACGAGUCCUGUUGGCACACACACACGCACACACCGAUGCAUACGAGCCCUGCAUAUAUCUUCUCGUUCGCUGACGAGGAGGAAAGGCCUCAGUGUAGCGUCUCCCAUGUCAUUGAGUGUCCUGAAUGUCUCUGCCAGCAGCCGGACGGGGCCCUCAUCGCUGUACCCCUCCCACGCCCGACCGUUGCGCACAGGCACACCCAUGUUCCUCUGGAACAGCCAGGCAGUGCGCAGAUUCGGCUGAGCGACACACACACACACACACAUUGAUUGAUCAGCGACAUCCGUGGUCGUUGUGGUGUGAUGCGUUCCUCUCUCCCUCCCUCGCUCCAUCCCUCUCGCUCUCUCUCUCUCUUUCUCACUUGGUAGGGCAUCAGGGCAGCCAGGUCACUGCACACAACAUGCCGACACAACUCCAUCCAUCCAUCCCAUAGACAUGUGUGUCCAUCGUGUGUGCAGUGCAUCUGACUGACCUCUUGCUGAGUGCGUCAGCCCUGAGGGCUUCAUCGAGCCCGUUGGUGAUUCUCGACAGAUGCCGGAUCAGCGCCGCGAGGCCGCCGAACGACAGAGGGGACUGCUGGCCGCUGGCGUCACCCACUGCUAUAACGCGGUCAAAGCCAGGCUUGAGCGGGCUGUUCUGGUAGGACUGGAAGAGGCCAAACACCACACGGAGAAACUCCAAGUCAUCCAAUUUCACGCCCUGACGGACACAACACAGACCCAUGGGAGGCACGGCAUCGGUGAACGGGGUGGGGGUGCUGUUCGUACCUGGUAUUUGGGCAGCAGUGUCCAGUAGUCCUCGAACAGCGUCUCGAGCGACGGACGCGACGCAUCCGCAUCGCAAUACGUAAACUAUGGACCAAGCAAGCCACCAUACAUACCACCACAUCACAGCACAAUACAACGCCCAGUGAGAGGUGUGCUGUGCUGUGCCCCUUUCCUGCUGCUUGUGCUUGCCCACCAUGUAUGUGGUUCUGUCUGUCGGCCCCGACCCGGCCGGGAAGGCCUCCCAGAAAUACUGCACACGGGAGGGGCCCUCCCCACGCCUAUACAGGGGUGUGUCAGAGUAGAUGAGAUCGCCCCGGACAUUCUUGUCCUCGGGGUAGCCGCGCGCACACGAACCUAUGCAUGGAUGUGACAUACACAGUCAGUCAGUCAGUUGAUGGAGGCAUUCAACCUCCGGGUCUGUGCGUCGACCGAUCGAUCCAUGCUCACCGACAACGAGGCAGAUGCCAUCCGGCUUCUGGCCUCUAAACGGACACAAAAUGGAGCAGACGUGGUCAUCCAGCCUUGGCGCGCGAGGGUGUGAUAUUGUGUCACUCACUUCCUGAGCUGCCGUGAAAUGGGCGAGUUGAACCCCAUGCAAUCGACGACCAGCCGACUCGUCACACUCACAGGCGACUCACUCCCGACCGGCUGAACCAGCAGCGACGCACCAUCUGCACACACGACGCGACGGCACGACAUGCACCGGAUGAACGCACCACGGGCGUGUAUUCACUCAUUCAGCCUAUCGGAUCCGUGUCUGACUUGCCUGGGUGGACAGUGACGCCUUUGAGUCGGUGGUUCUCGAGCACAGUGCCGCCGGCCUCCUCGAAUCGUUUCCUCACGACGGCGAGCAGCUUGAGCGGCUGCACACCCGCAUUCAACACACCCUCGACAUCCGUCUCAAAACCUGCAUCACUCCCACCACCACCAAGGGGUGAGUGCGCGACGAUGGUAGACAGAAAACAGCCAUGUGUGCGUACAGACCUUGUUGGUCCUCUUCAGAUGUCUUGAAUCCGCACCGCAUCGGUCCGAACUGCGACGUGACGACCUCAGCGAUGUCCUCCGGCUGCAGAAUGGCCGGGGUCGUAACUAACUCCUCUACCUCUUUGACGCUGAUGUUCCACUCCUGCGGCCGCCCCUGCAGCAACCCGCCCUCAAUCACCGCCACCCUGUAGCCCAUCUUCUGCAAUGCCGUCGCCGCAAAGACACCCAGCGUCCCGCCACACACAGCCACGUCAUAGUCAUGCUGUGGCGCGACAGAGAGGGGCUUGGACGAUUCCGUGACGAACGGGGCGCCCAUCGGCUGCUUGGCCAGCUCUCCUUUCCGCAGCUUCUCCCAUAUGCCGUCCAGCCGCUUCAGUCCCUCAUAUGUGGACGACCCUCCCGCGCCUGUGGAUUGGACAUUAUCGGGCAACGAGGCGAAGAUCUGCUCUGUCAAUGAGGGGUGGUCUGCAGCGGCUGUCUUCUGCUGUGUGUCUUGUUGCUGUUGCUGCAGCAGCUGAGUGCUCCGAAGCGCCGUCAGCGGCCGCCUUGACGUGAGUAGUGGUGGCUUGAUGAAGGCAGAUGCAGAUGCAGCGGAUAGAGAAAGCACCAGAAGGACGGCAAGCAGAGGCAGAUCUGACCUCCGACAUGACGGUACCAUGCUUGAAGGCAACAACUUACGAAUCAAGAAAAAGUCAAGCCAAGAAAGCGAAGGAAAAC